AUGACUCCUUUGAGCGGCUCACCAGUUUCCCGCUGUAUGGCUUUAGGGAAUCAACGAGGAAUGUUCUCACGAUCGAACCACCACCAUCAACGCCAGCGAGCCAGCUCACUGUCCGUGACGCUGGGCACACGACGACCGCGCUCCCCGGAAACGACCCCCCCAGAGUCGGAGAGCGACGAGGCCCAGAAGACGUCUCCUCACACAAAGAGAACCGUGAAAAGAGGACGUACUAAGUACACACCUGCAACCGAGGAUGGGCCAACCCCAGCCUUCCUUCCACCACACACCCAAUUACUGCCACUCGAAGGGUUGCCCGCUGAGUCACCCCACCACGCACCACCACCGCGGACGCAGCCCGAGCCUGUUGCGGCCCAGGUCAAGCACCUCGAAUCGUUGCUGGACUCUGUCCUAGCAACACUCGUCAUCAUACGGGCUGCCACCAACACCGCAGUCGCUCUUAGUGACCACUCGAAACGAGUAUUCAAAAUGCUCAACACCCUCUUGCCACUGGAGGACCCAGCACACGCCACAGACAACCUGACCGCCCCAGCUCCUACACCAGAGCUAGCAAGCCACCCCAAGCAGUCGUACGCAGAUGCGGCCAAAUCCUGCCAACCUGAAGUCACCUCGAGACCAACGAACCAUGCAAGAUCGUCACCAGCUGGCGCCACUGCACACCACAGACCCUCCAUUGCCGAACAGAGGCCUCGUCAUCCGCACCCUCACUCCACCAGUCGACUCAUUGCAAGAUGGGAUGGGCACCCAGUACCCCAGACAUCAUCAUCACUCAGCAUGUUUGUUAGACACCUCAACGGCAUGUUCAACCUUGAACGCAACCCAGCAUCCCGAGGGGAGACACCCAGGAAAAUCCUUGCCGCCAACUGUCACAAAGUCGGGUAA